AUGUCGGAUUCAACCCCCAUCAACGUCGGUGUCAUUGGCUUUGGCCUGAGCGCAAAAGUGUUCCAUGCGCCAUUGAUCUCGACAACAAAGGGACUUAAUAUGGCCGCGUUUGUGAGCCGGUCGGGUCCCAACCUGGAGAUGUCGUCAAAAUACCCCAAGGCCGCCGUCUACCAGUCCCACAAUGACCUCUUCAAGGACCCCUCGAUCGACCUUAUCGUCAUCACUACCCCCAACAUCAUCCACUACGACCUCGCCCGCGAAGCCCUCGAGGCUGGCAAACAUGUCGUCGUCGAGAAGCCCUUCACCGUCACCUUUGAACAGGGCAUUGAACUCGCCAAGCUCGCCAAACAAAAGUCGCUCGUCCUCUCUGUCUACCACAACAGACGCUGGGAUGCUGAUUUCCGUACCGUUCAGAAGCUUGUCCAGUCCCAGAAGUCUACCCUCGGCAGGAUCGUCAGCUUUGAAUCGCGUUUCGACCGGUUCCGUAACUUUAGCAAGGGCAGCUGGAGAGAGACUGGUAGUAUCGAGGAGGGUAGUGGAGUGUUAUAUGAUCUUUGCUCGCAUUUGUUGGACCAGGCUUUGGUUCUCUUUGGUGAGCCGGAGUUUGUCACUGCACAUGUCUCGAACCAGCGUAAGCUCGAGUUGUCGCCUGUCGAUGACCAGUUCCUGGUCCACCUCGACUACAAGGACGGUCUCCGCUGCACGCUGGGCGCAAGCAUGUUGGCCAAGAUUCCCACGCCUCGAUUCCGUGUCACGGGCAUGAACGGAUCGUAUGUCAAGCACGGUCUGGAUGUUCAGGAGGACCAGUUGAAGGCUGGAUUGACCCCCCUGGACGCUGCGUAUGGAAUUGAGAACGAAGAUAGAUGGGGUGAGAUUGACACGCUGAUGGAUAUUGAGGGCGUCAAGUUACAUGUGAAGGGCAAGGUUGACAGUGAGCAGGGCACGUAUGGAGAUUACUAUGUCAAUGUGCUUGAUGCGAUUCGUGGAAACUCGCCCCUUGCAGUCACUGCUGAGCAGGCAGCGUGGGUGAUCCGCGGUAUCCAGCUUGCGAUCAAGAGCUCCUCCACCGGCCAGCGCGUCCCCUGGAACUAA